AUGGGCCGGUGGCGGGGCCGAAGCCGCGGCUCAGGGGCCUUUUCUGCUGUUUUGCCUCCUGGAGGGAGGGCAGCCUUGGGGACCGGAGGGGACCUCUCCUCUGCGCCCCCUCCCAGCCCCUUCGCCCCACGCACGCUUCUGCGUCUUUCUCCGGGUGUGAGGAGGGGUGAGGGGCAGCGGGCGAAGGCCGCGCGGGUGCGGCGGGACCGGAGGGCCCCGCCUGCAGCGAGGUCACCGGCGGGCCGGGGUCACGCCGCCUCCCUUGCAGUGUACCUGGAGACCUACGGCUGCCAGAUGAACGUCAGCGACGCGGAGAUCGCCUGGGCCAUCCUGCAGGAGAGCGGCUACGCCCGGGCGGGGGGGCCGGCGGAGGCAGAUGUGAUUCUCCUUGUCACCUGUUCCGUGAGGGAGAAGGCGGAGCAGACGAUCUGGAACCGCCUGCGGCAGCUGAAGGCACUGAAGGCCCGGCGGCCGCGGGAUCGGGCGCCCCUGCGCAUCGGCAUCCUCGGGUGCAUGGCUGAGAGGCUGAAGGAGGAGAUUCUGCACAGGGAGAAGCUGGUCGAUGUUGUGGCAGGGCCCGAUGCGUAUCGUGACCUGCCCCGGCUGCUGGCCCUGGCGGAGUCAGGCCAGCGAGCUGCUAACGUCCUGCUGUCACUAGAUGAGACUUACGCAGAUAUUCUGCCUGUCCAGACUAGCGCAGGUGGCACGACAGCGUUUGUGUCGAUCAUGCGGGGCUGUGACAACAUGUGCAGCUACUGCAUCGUGCCCUUCACGCGUGGCCGGGAGAGGAGCCGCCCCGUCGCGUCCAUCCUGCAGGAAGUGAGGCUGCUCUCGCAGCAGGGAGUGAAGGAGGUGACCCUUCUGGGUCAGAACGUCAACAGCUUUCGGGACACGUCUGAGGUGCAGUUCCAGUCGGCGGCUGCCCCGGCCCUCAGCCGUGGCUUUAGCACGGUCUACAGAGCUAAACCAGGAGGGCUGCGCUUUGCACAUCUUCUAGACCAGGUUUCUAGAAUUGAUCCGGAAAUGAGGAUCCGUUUCACCUCUCCACACCCCAAGGAUUUUCCCGAUGAGGUCCUGCAGCUCAUCCAGGAGCGACACAACAUCUGCAAACAGCUUCACCUCCCCGCGCAGAGCGGGAGCACGCGGGUCCUGGAGGCCAUGCGCCGCGGAUACACAAGAGAAGCCUAUUUGGAGCUCGUACAGCACGUGCGUGAGGCCAUUCCAGGAGUGAGCUUGAGUAGCGAUUUCAUUGCCGGCUUCUGCGGAGAGACAGAAGAUGAUCACCAGCAGACCGUGUCCUUGCUGCGGGAAGUCCGCUACAAUGUGGGCUUCCUGUUUGCCUACAGCAUGAGGCAGAAAACCCGGGCGUAUCACCGGCUGCAAGACGACGUGCCUGCAGACGUGAAAAAGAGGCGGCUGGAGGAGCUCAUCGCUGUCUUCCGAGAGGAGGCUGCAAGGGCAAACGAGGCGCUGGUGGGCCAGUCGCAGCUGGUGCUGGUGGAAGGGCCCAGCAAGCGCUCGGCCUCGGAGCUGUGUGGGAGGAACGACGGCAACAUCAAGGUCAUCUUCCCCGACACCGAGACGCCGGAUGCCGGGGGCUGCGAGGCUGCGGCCAGGGCCCGGCCCGGGGACUAUGUGCUGGUGAAGGUCACCUCUGCCACCUCUCAGAGCCUGAGGGGGGUCCUGCUCUGCCGCACCAGCCUCUCCCGCGCUGCAGGCUGUUGCUGAGCUGUCCCCGCUGCAGGAGGGAACAGGGAAGUUUGGCCAGGCCAAGGGCUGGAAGCUGUGUCAGCGCUGUGAUCUUGUCCCUGGCCUCCCUCGUGUCCCUCUGCGGCCACCCUGACCUGGGGCACGUCCACAGCACAGCCCAGCUCCAGAAACCUGCGUCUGCGGAGCGGGUGGUUCCUGCUAGCUCAGGGGAACUCGGGAGCCACAAAAACAGGGAGUGACUACAAGGUACAGCUCUAGCAGCUGCUGGAGAACGGCAGGCGUCCUGCCAAAGGGGACAAAGAACUGAAAGAACAGGAGGCUGUGAUGAAUCCUUUCCAAACGCUGGUAAUUUCACUCCCUUCAAAACGCUUGGAACGGGGAAGUAAGCAACUGCGCGGUGCCUCUAGGGUAAGGAGUAGGAGUGGUGCUUAAUCCCUUGUGCCUGAGGCUGAGGCGCAGCCUUGCCUGUGUCCCGGGGCUCUGGCUCCAGGCUGCAGCAGAUCCCGGCCUAAGGGGGUGGGGGGUGAGGACCUGCUGCCAGCCAGGGUUCUCAGCCUGUGAAGACUCCAGGUGCGGCUUUGUGAUCCAGGCACCUGCAGGUGCCCUUCCCUCUGCUCGCUCGGGCAGGGAAGGGGUUGUGCUGACUGAAAGGGCCUGUAAGUUUUCUCUAAAUGCAUCUUCCAGUUCCUUGGUUGCGUCAGCCUGCAGCUGCCCUGGCUCUGCUAAAUCCAGACGAGGGCCUGUACCCUGCGCCUAAACUCCUGUGAGAUGUGAGAAAGAAUCGCCCCUUUUAGUCUAGGUAAUCUUGUUAUUAAAGGAAAAAUCAUUGUAAAAGGCUCUAUGCAGCGACCAGCUUUGAAGGAACAGUUGAUCAGCUCCUACUAGAGCAGUCAGGACGUGAAUUUGUAGAAUUUC